GCAGAAGCUUGCAUGCACCGGCGCUCCACUGUAGGUAUCAUGGAACAAAUCAAUGAGUUCCUUUUCAGAUAUAAAGGAUUAGUUUUUGCGAAUGGAAUGACGACACCAGAAUACAUCGACUCUCUUCAGAGCUUCCAAAUACGAGACAGCGACACUUUCUUGGUGACGUACCCCAAGUCAGGGACAAUAUGGGCUCAGAACAUCAUCACGCUAAUCUGUGAGUCAGAGGGCAACCAGGAUGAAGAAUUUCCCAACAAUCUUGAGAAAAUGCCAUGGCUGGAGUUUCCUGAGGGUCACACUGAUUAUUCCUCACGACGGUCUCCCCGCCUCUUCGCAUCUCACCUCCUGCCCCGACUCAUGCCCCCCGGCCUGAAGGACAAAAAGGCUAAAAUUGUGUAUGUGAUGAGGAACCCAAAGGACAAUGCGGUUUCUUAUUUCCACUUCUCCCAUGCGUUGUCCAAGCUGGAGAAUCCUACGAGCUUUGAGGAUUUUCUGCAGCAGUACCUGGCUGGAGAUGUUGCUGGAUCAUCGUGGUUCGAUCAUAUCCGGGACUGGUACACACACCAAGACGAGUACAACAUCCUGUUCCUGACGUAUGAGGACAUGAUCAUGGAUCUGAGGUCAGCGGUGGAGAAGAUCAGCAGGUUCCUGGGUCGAGACCUGAGUGAGGCUGCUCUGUCUCGUGUUGUGGAGAAAACAACCUUUAGGAACAUGAGGAAGGACCCAAAGGCAAACUAUGAGUUUCUUCCUGAAGAUCUGCUGAAGAAAGGCCAGUUCAUGCGCAAAGGCAUGUUUGGAGACUGGAAGAACACCUUCACUGUGGCCCAGAGCGAGAUGUUUGAUCAGAUCUAUCAGGAGAGGAUGAAGAGUCUGCCAUUAAAAUUCACAUGGGAAUAAAAUGACUGAGAACUGAU